GCGCGUGCUGGAACGGAGCCCGUCGCAGCUUUUCCAGCAGCCGGGAAGCAGACAAGAUAGCAGGCCCACCACAGCCGACCGCGUGUUCCAACGGGGACAUACGCGCUGGUUGACCUCGAAAGGACCCUUUGUCGAGUCGCCUAAGUCGGCCACCUCCACCGUGUCACUCAAUGAGAUGCCCAUCGACUAUUCCAAGUGGGACAAGCUGGAGGUCAGCGACGAUGAGGAAGACCGACCCCGAUCUCCUGCUGCCCAGGCCGCACCCCCCGAUUUCAGCGAGAUGGAUUUCGACGAGGAGGGCAUGAAGGCGAUAGAAGCUGAGCACGAGCAGCUACAGGAUUUCGUCGGAGAGCAUGACUGCCCAGCCAAGGAAGUGGUGGUGGAAUGGCUUAAAGAUGCCGCUGGCCCAGGGAAGCUGGAUAGCAGCGAGCAGAACUUGAAGAGCGUGCUUGAAGACCUUGGUUUGAUGGAGGCCGCCGUGACUUGUUUUGACUACGACUGUCUCCGGCGAUUGUGGCGUGCACCACUCGCAGGCCGCAAGGAAGCAGAGCGUAUUCAGCGCGAAGUUGGCAUGGAAUUGGACAGGAAAGGGGGCAUGGCCUGCAUGCGAUUGCAUUACUACAUGCUGAACUAUGCGAUGUGUGGCCAGUACUUCUUCGGGGCAAUUCCACGAUCCACACCAGUGAUGUGCUAUGUCAACCACUUGAACAUUGUAUGGUCUGGUAUAGGUGAGUGGCUGUAUUAA